AUGACCAGGACUGCUUCGUGUUUCGCAAUUUCCCGCCGCCGAAGCGUGGUACCGAUUUAUAAGAAAUGGGAGGCCAAUCUUGCUCGAAUUCAGAUUGUGAAGCAGGGUACAAUCCUUCAACUGGUUGCCUUCUUCUCAGACUUCCAACAUGGUACCUGCAUGAACUUCAUUCUGAAGGGCACCGAUCGUAUCGAGCCCUUUGGCCGAUCUGGCAAGUUUGGAAUCCGCAUUGUGGACGCCAAAUUCGCACUCCCCAAGACGGACGAGGAUCCAUCUUCCAACUUUGUUUGCCUGGACAUGCCCGAGUAUCCAAUAGAACAUGAUGAUAUCGCUAUUACGUUUGAUUCGGAAGUUGGGUCGCUUUACCCGGAUCCGCGCGUGAACCAUCUCGUAUGGCAUCUUUACGACGCUGAUUGCUAUUAG